CAUUCUUUAUGCUAGCCGCCUCUUCCUGCCACCGUCUCCACUCUCUGACCCUCCGUCCACCGCCGCUUCGUUUCCCGCCGCAUCACCAUGGCUUCGCGUCUCCGGCUCGGCCAGCUCAGCCCGAACCCCGGCCCCGGCCCCGGCGCGGGCGAGGGGAAGAGGGAAGAAGGAGAAGGGAGGAAGCCGGAGCCGCGGCGAGAGGUGACGGACCUGGGCGGCGGGAGCGAGGUGGUGCACAUCCCGCGGUUCAUGGCGCGGGAGACGGCGUGGGAGAUGUUCGAACACCUCGACAAUCGCAUCCCGUGGACGCGCCCCACCAUCCGCGUCUUCGGCCGCUCCGUCGUCCAGCCCAGAGAUACCUGCUAUGUGGCAGAUGGAGGGCUAACAGAUUUGAGGUACAGCGGCCAUCAGCCUCAUGCACAUUCUUGGGAUGACUUCCCAGUGCUGAAGGAUAUCUUGAAAGAGGUCCAUGAAGCCCUCCCUGGGAGCCACUUCAACAGCCUGCUGCUGAACAGAUACAAGGGAGGUUCAGAUUACGUGUCAUGGCACGCCGACGACGAGCCGCUCUACGGGCCUACCCCGGAGAUCGCGUCGGUCACAUUUGGAUGCGAGCGUGAGUUCUUUCUGAGGAAGAAGCCUACCAAUACCAAAUCGCAAGCUGCUGCUGAAUCUGGGGAAACGGCCCGGAAGCGGCUCAAGGUUGGCGCACCUCAGCAGCAUUCAUUCCUCCUGAAGCAUGGAUCGUUGCUCGUGAUGAGGGGCUACACCCAGCGAGACUGGCAGCAUGCGGUGCCCAAGCGUGCGAGGGCUGCUUCGACGAGGAUCAACCUGACUUUCCGGCGUGUGUUGCCAUGAACACGGCAGUUCACUUGGUCUCCCUCCAGUUUUACGCCUGUGCCCAUUUGCAUGCAGUGUGUAGUGGGUUUCCUGAUAAUGCUUUGAACCCGCUUACCCCACCUUCCCGCUUCCUGUAAUUCCAAAGAAAAUGUAAGAUAUGGGUAAGGGUUCUAGCAGAAGUUAGAAUGGGAAGAGAGAAAGGAAAUCCUUGCAUAUUUUGAA